UUCUGAAAUUUUACACAAACCCCCACUCCUAUCUCCUCUCUCUCUCUCUCUCUCUAUCUCAUUAUACAUCACAAAACGCUUCCUUUUUUCUUCCAUUAAAUUCAUCUUUCCAUCUGGGUUUUCCAUUUUUCUUCACUACUCCCUCUCCCUUUCUUUUUUCUCCGCCAUUUUCAAAUAUUAUAAUGGAUGUUUCUUCCUUUUCUUACUAUGACUCCGCCGCCGACAACACCAAUCACCACCUUCCCCCUGGCUUCCGCUUCCAUCCCACCGAUGAGGAACUCAUCACUUACUACCUUCUCAAGAAGGUUCUUGAUACUAAUUUCACUGGUCGCGCCAUUGCUGAAGUUGACCUCAACAAGUGCGAGCCUUGGGAGCUUCCUGAGAAGGCAAAGAUGGGUGAAAAAGAGUGGUAUUUCUUCAGCUUAAGAGAUCGAAAGUACCCGACGGGUCUACGAACGAAUCGAGCGACGGAGGCCGGGUACUGGAAGGCGACGGGAAAAGAUAGGGAAAUAUACAGUGUGAAAACAUGUUCAUUGGUAGGGAUGAAGAAGACAUUGGUGUUUUAUAGAGGAAGAGCUCCAAAAGGGGAAAAAAGCAAUUGGGUUAUGCAUGAAUAUCGACUUGAAGGCAAAUUUGCCUAUCAUUACCUUUCUGGAUCUUCAAAGGAUGAGUGGGUAAUUUCGAGGGUGUUUCAAAAGAGUGGCUCCGGUUGCGGCGGAGCCACCUCCAGCAACGGCGGAGGUUCAAAGAAAGCGCGGUUCAUUCCCGGUUCAAUAAACGUACACCCGGAACCAAGUUCACCGUCGUCGGUGUCUCUCCCGCCGCUUCUCGACUCAUCACUCUACUCAGCUCCGGCGACCGGCACGGCGGCGUCUGGUAACAUAACCGACCGUGACAGCUGCUCGUACAACAGCCCAACGGCAAGAGAGCACGUGUCCUGUUUCUCCACCACCACCGCUGGCGGUAGCUUUAACAUCCCAAGUUACGAUUUUGCCACUCCGUCGCCACUCCUCGCAGCCGAUCCCUCUCCCCGGUUCCACCGUAACAUCGGUCUGUCGGCGUUCCCAAGUCUCCGGAGCCUGCAGGAGAAUCUCCAACUCCCAUUCUUCUACUCGCCGGUAAACCUCUGUUCUCCACCUGUGCCGGCGCUCAACAACGGCAAUAAUGAUGUGGCAGCGUGUAGCUCUGGCGGAAAUUGGGGUGUCGCCGAUGAACCCAAAGUCAUGAGCUCCACCGAACUUGACUGCAUGUGGUCCUACUGAUUUUUGUGAUCAGAUCAUCAGAAUUUGGUAGCUCUUAAUUUGUUGACUUUUUUAGUUUCUGAAAACCUCUCUUUGAAAUUAUGAACCCUUCUAUCCCUAAUUGCUUUCUCUCAAGUUUUAAUUUUAUGGAUUUUAAAUGGAUUCUCUUAUUACUAUGUUUU